GACGCGGAGGGAGCGCAGAGGAUGCUCAUGACCUACGACAAGUGCGACAUCGGAGCGGCUCCCUGAACCCUGAGCUGGACCCAGGUGCUCUGCGCGCAGAAACCGAUGCGCUGAGCGUGUACCUGCAAGCUGCGCAGAGGCAGAUCCUCCGCAGAACACGCCCUGAUAGCAAAAAGGUGCGCACACACACACACACACACACCCCGACGCACAGCCUGAUCAGUGAGGAGUCGAGCUGCGCACCUGGAAAACAGCAGCUCCAAUGCUCCACCGCGGGCUCGCACCGCCGGACACCCACCAGAUGCGAUCAGGACGGGUUGGUCAGCACGGACUUUGGUUUGGCCCGAGGAGCUCUAUCGUUCCUGCGUACAGCGGCUCGGAACACCUGGACACCCGGCGGGGCUCUGCGGAGGAAUAGAAGCCGGUUCGCUGCACCGAGCAAUCCACCGAGCACCAUGAGCAGGAAGACGCGCCGCUGGAUCUUCCACUUGUUCCUGUGCCUCGGAGUGUUAUAUCUGAAAAUCGGGGGCCUGUCCUCGGUGGUCGCAUUGGGAGCGAGCAUCAUCUGUAAUAAAAUCCCCGGCUUGGCCCCCCGUCAGAGGACUAUCUGCCAGAGCCGACCCGACGCCAUCAUAGUGAUCGGAGAGGGGGUUCAGAUGGGGAUCAACGAGUGCCAGUUCCAGUUCAGGCACGGCCGCUGGAACUGCUCGGCCCUGGCGGAGAGGACCGUGUUCGGGAAAGAGCUCAAAGUGGGCAGCAAGGAGGCCGCGUUCACCUACGCUAUCAUUGCAGCCGGGGUCGCCCACGCCGUCACUGCAGCCUGCACCCAGGGGAGCCUGAGCGGCUGCGGCUGUGACAAGGAGAAGCAGGGCUUCUACAACCAGGAGGAGGGCUGGAAGUGGGGCGGCUGCUCCGCGGACGUCCACUACGGCCUUGGAUUCUCCAAGGUGUUUGUGGACGCGCGGGAGAUCAAGCAGAACGCCAGGACUCUCAUGAAUUUACACAACAACGAAGUGGGGCGCAAGGUCCUGGAGAAAGGCAUGCGCCUUGAGUGCAAGUGCCAUGGCGUGUCGGGAUCCUGCACCACCAAGACGUGCUGGACAACACUCCCCAAGUUCCGCCAGCUGGGAUACGUCCUCAAGGACCGGUACAACCAGGCCGUGCACGUGGAGCCGGUGCGGGCCAGCCGUAACAAGCGCCCCGCCUUCCUGAAGAUCAAGAAACCCCACUCCUACCGCAAGCCCACGGACACAGAGCUGGUGUACAUCGAGAGGUCGCCUAACUACUGCGAGGCCGACCUGCUGACAGGCAGCAUGGGCACGCAGGGUCGCCUGUGCAACAAGACGGCGCUGCAGCCCAACAGCUGUGACCUGAUGUGCUGCGGCCGAGGGUACGACACGCACCAGUACUCGCGCGUUUGGCAGUGCAACUGCAAGUUCCUGUGGUGCUGCCACGUGAAAUGCAACACGUGCAGCGAGAGGACAGAGGUGUACACCUGUAAAUAGAGAUAUUUAUUGGGCGAGUGUUUGGAGCAACGUGAGACGUGUGUGGAGGGAAUUCCAUUCUGUCAACAAUCACAACAGCUGGUUCCUCCGAUGUGUCUAUUAUGCCGAUGCCAAUGGACAUCUGCCUCGACACUGCACUCAUCCUAUGGGCUAAUGAAUUCCUUUUUUACUUUCAUUUGUAUGUAUUUCCUACCCCAGGCUUCACUUCUCUCCACCGGUCUGUUGGCAUGACUCACCUCAAGCUGUUCUUUUAUUUUUUUGUCUAGACUAAUAAUUUAUUAAAUGAGAAAACUACUGAUCAUUUUUGAAAAUUCACUGUAAAUUCCGGUAAGGCAAUAAGUUGUGAUGCCUUAAAGCCUUCAAAGCAAACAUAAAAAAUGGAUUCAAUUUCAAUUUAACAAGGAAACGUAGGGAAAGGAAAGACUGGAGCUCGACUGAAUGUCACAAUUGGGAGCCUGCAGCUCACGUGCCUUAAGCCUAGCGGAGGAACCUUGAACUACCGAUCCUGGGCCUGCUAUGAUAGUAUUGUUUUUCCACUUCUCUGUCCCCGGACCCCCACAGUUUGCUGCUAGUUGUCUGGAAUGUUGCAGAGUUUUUGACUGAGCAACAAUAUUGACUCUUUAAGCCAAGAUGAAAGCCACAAGGAGCAAGGCUUCCAGACAUUAAUCCCCCCUUAAUGUUGUUUGAUAGAAUAUAUUUUGUAAGAGAUUAUUUUUAUAUAUAUAUUUUUAAUUUAUUUUCUAUCUUUAUGUAAGAUGUUUUCUCUUAGCAUUUCCAUCUGUUGAGUUUUCUACUGAUGCACUGUUUUAAAAAAUGUGCCUUGUUCCUGGGCUUUGGAACAUAACAAUGUUGAAUGAUAUGUGCAGCAUUUUGAUUUGUAACCCGUUUCAGGGAACCUUUAUCUCCCCUUCACACCACAAAGGGCUAACGUUACCACCAUGCUAGCAGCUGUUCCGCUAACGUUAGCUUAUGAGGCGCAGCUUUUUAUAUCUGCAUUGCUGAAAAAGUCAAAUGUUUUGUGGUUUACUUUCUAUAGCCUGAAUUAAACUAAAAUCUGCUGCAGCUUUUGCCAUUCUAAUUUGAACCUUUGUAAAUAAAAAAUAAAAAAUUCGAAUGGUGCGGGACGCUUGUGGUACCUAUUAGCAGCAAUACGCCAUUGUAACUGUGGGUCGCCACGUACUUAAUGUU